AUGUCGAAACGAGCAGACCGUACUGAAAUCGAAGCCUCUACAGGAUCAUCGCCAUCACAAUCACGUCCGACUGCCGACUCUACAGUAAAGUCAGAAACUUCACCAACGCGGAAAAGACGCGCUUCUGGAACAGGUACAGGAACAACAUCAGCAUUAGCAUCAGCCACCAUGUCAGCUUCAUCUAGUUCAGCAGCAGCGCCGGCGGCAGCUGCAAAGGAUGAGCCCAGUAUGACCGAAUCACCUAUGGGUCCUCCUCCGACCAAGAAGAGCAGAACCAACACUCCUUGGACUCCAGCCGAGGAGCAGAGGUUGAAGACCAUGAGGGACGCAGGUAACAGUUGGGCAGACAUUGCAAAGACAUUUCCACUUCGAACCGAAGGCAGCGUAAAGAAGCAUUGGUACAAGGAUAUGCAUUAUGCAGAAUUCGCGGAAGACGAGGCCCUUCUCAAUGCCAUCAAAGAGUACGAGACGAACAAGUGGAAAGAGAUUGGCAAGAAAGUUGGCAAGCCUGCCAAAGCAUGCGAGCAGUACGCAAAAGAGCAUUUUGGUGGCAAGAUAUAA